UAUCUAAUAUACCUUUAGAAUUAAUGAUAACAGUAAUAAUAAGUAAUAUGUUUUGAAAAUAGAAUAUAUUGACGUAGAAGAUGUAUUAAUCAUUUGGCAUACCUGAGAAUGAUGACGUAUUUUACGUCGACUGCGGAAUCAAAACACUCCACCAGUCCACCACCACCCAGUUCUAGUUAGUCUUCAUUUGACGAGCGUACGGGAAGCGGUGGCUAAGAGAUACAGCCAUCAAGAUGCCGAGGGACAAGGCAGCCGAGCAACUCAAUGAAUUUAAGAAGAGCCAGACAAACCCAGAUGUGCUCACCACUGGCCAUGGCUGUCCAUUGUCGGAUAAGCUCAACUCCCUCACAGUGGGCCCACGAGGACCCAUUCUUCUUCAGGACAUUCAGCUGAUAGAUGAAAUGGCCCACUUUGACCGAGAACGUAUCCCUGAGAGGGUAGUCCAUGCCAAAGGAGCAGGUGCAUUUGGAUACUUUGAAGUCACCCAUGACAUCUCACAGUAUACUAAAUCCAAGAUCUUCAGUGAGAUUGGCAAACGCACACCUUUGGCUAUUCGAUUCUCCACUGUAGGUGGGGAGAGUGGAUCUGCAGAUACUGCCAGGGAUCCUCGAGGUUUUGCUGUGAAAUUUUAUACUGAAGAAGGUAAUUGGGAUCUGGUAGGCAACAACACUCCCAUCUUCUUUAUCAGGGAUCCUGUUCUCUUCCCUUCCUUCAUCCACACCCAAAAGAGGAACCCAGCUACUCAUCUUAAGGAUGCAGACAUGUUCUGGGAUUUCAUCACUCUGCGUCCAGAAACAACACAUCAAGUGUCAUUCCUCUUCUCUGAUCGUGGUAUCCCAGAUGGCUACCGGCACAUGAAUGGUUAUGGGUCUCACACCUUCAAGUUGGUAAACAAAGAAGGGAACCCUGUAUACUGCAAGUUCCACUACAAGACUGACCAAGGCAUCAAAUGCCUUAGUGCAGAAAGAGCAGAUUUCUUGGCAGGCUCUGACCCUGACUAUGCUAUCCGUGACCUGUACAAUGCAAUCAGUGAAGGCAACUAUCCCUCCUACACCAUGUAUAUCCAGGUAAUGACCUAUGAGCAGGCAGAGAAGUGGGAAUUCAACCCAUUUGACUUGACCAAGGUCUGGCCCCAUGCUGAUUUCCCGCUAAUUCCUGUUGGUCGCAUCACACUUGAUCGCAAUGCACAAAACUACUUUGCUGAGGUGGAGCAGCUGGCCUUCUCCCCUGCCAACCUUGUGCCAGGCAUCGAGCCAUCCCCAGACAAGAUGCUUCAGGGUCGCCUCUUUUCAUACAAUGAUACCCAUCGGCAUCGCCUGGGAGCCAACUACCAUCAGAUCCCAGUGAACUGCCCUUACCGUGCCCGCCCUAAGAACUAUCAAAGGGAUGGUCCCAUGACAGUGAAUGAUAACCAGAUGUGUGCACCCAACUACUUCCCCAACAGCUUCUCUGGACCUAUGGACUGCAAACAAUUUGAGGGACCCAAGGAGAAGCUUGCAGGGGAUGUAAUGCGCUACAAUAGUGCUGAUGAAGAUAAUUUCACACAAGUGUGCAUCUUCUAUAGAAAUGUGCUGAAUGAAGAGGAACGGCAACGAUUGGUGAACAAUAUUGCUGGCCAUCUUGUGAAUGCUCAGGAGUUUUUGCAAGAGAGGGCCAUAAAGAACUUCUCUCAAGCCUGCCCUGAGUAUGGUGCUGGCAUCAGGUCUGCUUUGAACCGCAUCAAAGCAGCACAGUCAUCAAAUUCCUCUGCUAUCCAUGCAGUGGCAGCCUCCAAUGCCAAGUUGUGAGCAAGUUUGACCACUUCACACUCUAUUAAUAUUACAUAUACAGCAGUCAGUUAUCAACUGAAUGUCAUCCAGAAUAUAUCCUGAUACAUUAGAGACUCAAAACUCAAACUUAAUUAAUUCCAAAUGGCUGUUCAAGUAUCAAAAGGUUUUUACUACCAAUACCUAUAAAUCAUGUAAUUCAUUCUAACCAUAGUAAAACCUUUGUGUACAAAAAUUUCAGCAUAAAAAAUUUGUAUUAUUUUCAUUUGUACUUACCAUAAGUGAAAGCUGGUGAUGGAUAACAUAGAAGGGUGGGGAGGAGGGAGGUUAUUCAUUAGAGGACCAGUCACCAUCCAUGAAAAUGUCUGGUAACUUGUCUCCUGGUGUGAGUGAGUCCUGUGGCUGUGGCUCACUAAUGCACUUGCACUCUCACUUGAUUCCUUAUUUUCACCAUUAAUAAGCCUCUUUGGUGUCAUUGUAAGUUUCUAAAUGAAAAAUUACAGACAGAAUGCAGGAGAAUGUUGUUCUCACAACCAUGUCGGGACAACUGGCGGCGGCUGGGGAGGGAGAGGCCAGGAGCCUUUGUUUACAACAAUGUGUGCUAACAUUUGAGUACCAAGUCAUGUACCAAGUCGAACUUUUGCAUUCAAGUAUCGAAAAGUUUGACUCCAAAGGCGUUUGAGUUUUGAGUCUUCACUACAUAUUUGUUGUAACCACAUGUAUGAAAAUUGUUUAUUUCUCACUACAAACUUGUUUUUAAAAUUUUGAAUAUUCAUUUGAUAAUUCUGUGGAUAAUUCUUACUGAAUGGAUAAUUCUUUUGUUACUGGGGAGCAGUGAUUCUUUGGAAUUGGAAUAACACUUAUGAUUUACUAUACUAAUGUUACUGACAUGAAUGCCACCACAUAAUAUUGUAAAUAAAAUCAAUAUAAAAAGGUAUUAUGCUAUGUGAUGAUCAUCUGCAUGUAAACUUAUUUUUUUCGUUCUUUCUGGCCUCUCAUUUGUUAUGAUGUUACUGAUUAUUUUUAGCAAAUUUUCUGCAGUUACACUGAAGUAUGGUCACUCAAGUAUAGCUUUUCUUUGGUGCUCAUCCUUGUCAAAAAGAAAUCCUAAUAUAUUGGAGGAAGACUUCAACACAACAAAGUAUAGGCUGUGAAAUUAAUGUAUGUACAGUUGUUACACUAAUCUCUUAUUAAUUAAUAAUCUGAUAGACAUUCAUGCAUUAUAACUCAGUGAUCUUAUUAGCUUUCAUUUAAUAAAAUAAAUAGCUAUUUAGUAACCUGUUGUAACUUAAUACAUUAGGCUGAAGGCUUUUUUCUUAAUUUCAAAAGCUUAUAAUUGAGUAGAAAAUCAUUUAAAUAUAUAUUCAGUGAGAAUACCUACUAUUUUGAUGGAUAUAUUUACAGAUUUCUUAUUUGGUGAAGAUGGGCUUCAAUUAGAUUAAAAGGGGAGGGAAAUAAUAUAGUUGUCAAAUUCAUCAUAAUACCUGUUUCUGUAUAAUGCUGAAAAUAAAUGUUCUAGGAUCAA